CACUCACACUCAUCACCUAUGUUUAGUAGGCCAAACCUAACUCCAGUUAAGUCCCUCCCUCCCUCCCUCCCUCCUCUCUUCUCUCCACUCACACUCAUCACCGAAUGUAGUACUCCUACUAAACCAGAGCCUUUGAUUGCCCCGUAAAUUCAAAGGGCCUUGGAUAAUUUUUUUCUGCGACAUGAGCAAAGAAAAAGAGAAGCCAGAGCCUCUGGAUUUCUUUAUUUGGACGGUUGAGGAUGUUGGGCUGUGGUUGGAAGAAAUAAAUCUUGGUAACUAUCGUGAAAUAUUCAAAGAAAAUGGUGUCAAUGGGGAGUAUUUGGAAGGGAUGUCAAUGUUUACAACUGAACAGAUUCUCCGAUUCAUACGGAAGUGCCACAUGAAAUGGGGGGAUUUUAUUACAUUGUGCAAGGAGUUAAGACGAAUAAAAGUGGCCUGUUUGAAAGGAGAGCAAAAGGUACAGCGGCCAUGGUGGGCCCCGGCUUGUCUGUCGGUGGUAUUUGUGAAGGCUGCGAAGCGGAACAGGCAGUCUCGGGUGGUGUCGUUGAAGCUGGAAUCUUGAUGUAGAUUUGCUUGUGUGUAUAUGCUUGUACCGUUAUUGUCUUUAAAAAUUUUGCUUUGCAUUGCUGGAAGAUGGUUAUUCUCUGGGGAGUCUUUGUCACGGUCUUCUUCGUUUUGUUUGGGAUUUGUUAAAGAAACGACAUAUUUAUACUAUGAGAAAUGAUAUGCUACAGCACCACAUUCUCGUUUGA